CGCGUUCUCAUGCGUUCCAUAGCGCACGUACUGCUUUUUCCAACUCCACAAGUCGACGCUCAUCCCCCGGAGGAUACUCCGAUAAAUCGAUGACGCAUCAUGUACUGCGCUUUGACGAUAACCUGAUGUUGGCCUAGCACCGAAUCUCUAAAUACCAUGGAAACAACUACCAAUCAUUCCUCCACACACAUUACACCUAGUAUCUACAUCUAUGUGAUUCACAAUGCCGCUAUUUCGCUUUACAAAGCCGCGAGUCGCCUCAGCUACGGGCACUAUACAGGGCACGAAAUGUUCUCGUAGCGCUAGGCUUCAUCCACUGCGGAAUGGCACCCAAAGCAGGCAGUAUGCGAGCGAGCCCAUCAUCCCCAAGGUGCAGAAUAGCGAUUUCACAUUUAAGUUCGCAGGCGUUGCCAUGGCUUUCACCGGUGGUCUCUAUUUUGCUAUUAAUUCGGAUCUACGUCCCUCCUCGAAGCAGAAUCUGCAGGCAAAUCUUGAGGCGCAUCCGACUAUGCCAGGGAAGAUGGCCGGCGAGAACGAAGAAAACAUGCGCAGUCACAGAAUCACCAUGAAAGGCGAUCCGAGCGCACCAGGUGCCGGCAGGCCAAACCCGAACGAAGAUUUGGGUCCAAAAGCUAUGGGCCACGGAGCAUCUCCAGCUGUAGCUGACCCGGCCGAUCCCCGCGGAAAGCCCAGGAGCUUCAACUACAUGUCCGGAAAGCAAGAGGGUUUGUCCAAUGGUGACACUCAUCAUAGCUCUCAAGUUUCGAAGCAAGGGGAAAUGAGCAAGAAGGGUGAGGGUGUUGCUGAAACUGCGAAGCUUAAAGGUACCGUGUCGACUAAGCGACCUGGUCCUGAGAAUAAGGAACAGCGAGGUAAGGCUCAGAUGGAUGACGAGUAGCAAAUUCAGUUUAUCAUCGCCUUCGCCGUCAUUUUUGGGAGGCGCUAAAAGCAUCAGAGAAUAUAGCAAGCUAUAGUCAAACCAAAAGCCACCCCAUUGUUGGAUCAGG